GCUUUCUGAACCGUGUUGCCGAGCAACGACGCCACACUAGUUGGUGAAGAAAUUUCGAAAAAAACAAAGAACAAAACAAAAACCAGGACAGCUGAAUUUUCUUGCUCUGAAAAAUCUGUAUGAGGGUAUCAUAUGAGUGAGCCAGAAUGAAUGAAGUGAGGGAGAUGAUGUUGCUUGUUGAGAAGAAGCAUCAGCUCUUUAAGCAGCAGCAGUUCACCUUCAUAGCGGCGCUCGAGCGCUCCCGAGAGCACGCGCGCCACCGGACACAGGCGGUGUCUACCGUCACACAGGUGCAAUGCUACAUGACAGACCACUGCAGCAAUGCCACAGACAUGCGGAUCUUCUCACUCUUCCUGGACAUCAUGGACAGUCUCAAGGAGAUGUUUCAAAUGAUCGAAUCUUUAGCGUCGGCCCAGAACCACUCAAGUGAAGUUCUGGACACUUGCAGGAAUGUUCUCAGCCCUGACUGUAACUUCAGCCAGUUCCAGGCACAUUACCCGCAUGAUGAAGUGAAUCGUCUGAGUUGUAAUGAAGCUCGAAACUACUACGGUGGAGUCGUCAGCGUGAUUCCUCUGACUCUGGACCUUCUCAGAAUGGCCAUCUCGGAACUGGCGAAAGCUAGCACCAAAAAGGUUUCACGGAGGGAUAUUACGGCGCCUGAGAAGCGAACAGCAGCUGAUAACGUGGAGAAGUCUGUGAACGCAACUGAAAAAACACACGCGUCCAUGCGAUCCUCCAAACCUGCGUGUAAAGGUGCAAAUGGAUGCAAACCUGCAUGGAGGCCACCAGGUCGCAGAAGAAUGUGAAAAAACACCAGCAUUUUGUUGUUUUUUUUUUUCCCCAAGGAAAUCCACUGAAAUAUACAUUAAUAAUUUAGUAAUUUUCUUAAUUAAUUUUAGUGGAAUAUGCUAAUAAAUGAAACAAUGAAAGCAAAACAUGCAAAACAUAUAUUUUAUUAUUCCUGAUCAUAGCUUAACAAGUAGA